AGCCUGUCCCAUGUGGGGUGCAGCAAAAAAUGUCAGAGGGGGAGAGGACAGGGGCCACUGCUGGGGGGGCAGAGGACAGGGGUCACUGAUGGCGGGGCAGAGGACAGGGGUCACUGUUGGCGGGGCAGAGGACAGGGGUCACUGCUGGCGGGGCAGAGGACAGGGGUCACUGUUGGCGGGGCAGAGGACUGGGGUCACUGAUGGCGGGGCAGAGGACAGGGGUCACUGAUGGCGGGGCAGAGGACAGGGGUCACUGAUGGCGGGGCAGAGGACAGGGGUCACUGAUGGCGGGGCAGAGGACAGGGGUCACUGAUGGCGGGGCAGAGGACAGGGGUCACUGCUGGCGGGGUAGAGGACAGGGGUCACUGUUGGCGGGGCAGAGGACAGGGGUCACUGAUGGCGGGGCAGAGGACAGGGGUCACUGCUGGCAGGGCAGAGGACAGGGGUCACUGAU